AUGAGAGAAUUAAUUUUAAACAUUGGAGGUUUAACUUGUAGUUCCUGCAUUAAAACAGUCACAAAGGCAUUAAACAAAGAGCCAUGUGUUACAAGUUGUAACGUUUCCCUAACUACGUGUGAAGCUAUCAUUAUCUACAAUGAAAAUAAGGGCAAAAUUAAUGAUAUUAUUGAAUCUAUUAAAAAAGUUGGUUUCGAAGCUUUAAAAGUGACAGAUACUAAUUUGAAUAGAAUCAACAAAUUUUCGGUGGAGGGGAUGACAUGUGGUGGAUGUACAUCAAAAAUUACUACAAAAUUAAUGAGUGAUGAUGAUAUAUACAGAGUUGAUGUCUCAUUAAUAACUCAGGAAUGUGAAGUAGAAUUUAACCCACAGGCGAUGGAUUCAAAUAAAAUACAAGAACUUAUUGAAAAUUGCGGAUUUAACUGCUCAAUUAUUGCAUCAGGUGAUGGAGAAAUUGAAAGUCGAUUAAGGGGUGGUGAUCCAAUGAGAAGAACAGCACUAAGAAUCUUUAAUUUCGACUAUUAUAAGGAUGUAGAUUUGUUAAAAGAGCAACUUGAGAAAUUAGAGCAAGAUAUACUUAUUGAAAACGUAGACGAUGAAAGAGGGGUGAUAGCGGUUCAAUACGAUUCUAGUAAGAUUGGGAUUCGUUCAAUAUUUCAUAAAGUUGAAGAAUUAGGUUUCCAAGUGAUAUUAGAUUCUCCAUUUGAUAACUCGACACAAAUUAAAUUAUUAUCUAAAAUUAAAGAAACCAAAUUCUGGAAAAUGAAUUGUUUAAUUUCCGGAAUAUUUGGAAUAAUUCUUCUAAUGUUAUACAUGUGGAUUCCCUUUUUAGUUUCAAGAUUCUUAAUAGAUGAAACUUUCCCAUAUAAUGAAUCCUUAAUUAAAGGCUUAUUUUACAGAGAUAUUUUUGGAUUUUUAAUUGCCACAUAUGUUCAAUUUUAUAUUGGCAAAUAUUUUUAUAUUAAAGCGUUUAAUUCCAUUAAACAUUGUAACGGCACAAUGGAUACCCUAGUAUGUAUAUCUACAUCAUGUGCAUAUAUUUUUUCCGUUUAUUCUAUUAUUAAAAAUAUUAUUAUUGAACAAGAAAUUGAAGUUGUUGAUCGAGCAGAAAUAGUUAUUCGAUUACCGAAUGUUAAUUUUACUACAUCAAUAAUGUUAUUUGCAUUUAUAUCAUUUGGGAAAUAUCUAGAACAAAAGGCCAAAUCUAAAACAUCUACGGCGUUAAAGAAUUUAAUGUCAUUAACACCCUCGUCAUGUUUUAUAUUAGAUGAAGAGGAUAAUAUGAAUUUAAAAGAAAUUCCAGUGGAUCUCUUACAAGAUGGAGAUCUAAUUAAUGUGAGUCCCGGAAUGAAAGUUCCAGUUGAUGGUAUCAUUACAUAUGGUGAAUCUGAAGUAGAUGAAUCCUUAAUGACAGGUGAAUCUGUAUUAGUUAAGAAAACUAUAAAUGAUGAUGUUAUAGCUGGUUCAAUCAAUGGACCUGGAACUUUUAUAUUUCGAGCUACACAUGUUGGUGAUGAAACUAAAUUAAGUUUUAUUAUUAAAACGAUGAAACAAGCACAGUUGAUUAAAGCCCCAAUUCAAAGAUAUGCAGAUUAUUUGGCAUCGCUAUUUGUCCCCAUCAUUAUAUUAUUAGCAUUUUUAACAUUUUGCUUUUGGUUUUUCGUAUCACAGUAUUAUAAAGGAGAUGAUUUACCCAACAUUUUCCAAGAUGAAAAAUAUGGGAAUUUCUACGUUUGUUUAAGAAUCUCCAUAUCAGUCAUUGUGGUGGCAUGUCCAUGUGCAUUAGGUCUUGCUACACCUACUGCAGUAAUGGUUGGUACAGGUAUGGCGGCAGAAAAUGGAGUGUUAAUCAAAGGUGGAGAUAAGUUAGAAAUAUUUAAUAAAAUUAAAACAAUUAUAUUUGACAAGACCGGGACUAUAACUACAGGUAAGAUGAAAGUUAUUGAAAUGAGAUUCAAGCAUUCGAAAGUUGAAAAUGAUUACUAUGGCGAAAAUGAAUACAAACAGAAUGAAGAAUAUUUGAUUAAGUGUUUAAUUUUAUUGACAAGAAGUAGUGAACAUCCGGUUUCUAAAGCUAUUUAUUCAUAUCUUUGUGAAAGAUAUCCUGUAAGAAAAAGUGGUGAGAUUGAAAUGAUUGAAAGUAAAUACUCCAUCGGUAAUGGUAUCAAAGGUAAAUUUGAAAUUAAAGGUGUUAGUGAGGAUCUUGUAGAGAUAGGUAUUGGCCAAAAAACACUUUAUAAUAAUGAAGAAGAAUAUGAUGACGAUAAAGAAAAUGAUUAUACAAGAAGUUAUGUUUUUUUGCAGAAUAAGGUUGUCGCAAUUAUUGAAUUGAACGAUCAAAUUAAAAGAGACUCAUAUGAGACCAUAGAGUACUUGAAAAAUCGUAAUUAUAAUGUAUUUAUGAUUAGUGGAGAUAAUAGAAGGGCCACUAUGAAAGUUUCUGAAGAAAUCGGAAUUCCGAUUGAUCACGUAUUUUCCGAAGUUUUACCUAUUGAAAAAUGUAAUAUUAUCAAAGAUAUUAAAAAGAACUGGCCCGGUAAUGAAUACGUUGCAUUUGUAGGUGAUGGGAUUAAUGAUUCACCAUCGUUAGCAACAAGUGAUCUUGGCAUUUCAAUUUCAUCUGGAACCGACGUUGCCAUAGAUACUGCAGAUAUUGUAAUACUAAGUAAUGAGGAGAGUAAUAGUAACACCACCAUCAAAGAAGUAUGUUAUGCGCUAGACAUAUCAAAGGCUACAUUUGCGACUAUCAAGCGUAACCUCUUCUGGGCUACGAUUUAUAACAUAUUGAUGAUUCCUAUAUCCAUGGGUGCCCUGAGUCACUGGGGGAUUACUUUAGAUCCGAUGCUUGCUGGGCUAGCCAUGGCGAUGAGUUCUGUAUGUGUGGUACUAAGCUCGUUGAGACUAAAACGGUGGAAACCUCCGGUAAUCGGUGAGGAGAAUGCAUUGACUAGUAAGGAUGAUUUGGUGGUUUUCGGUACCUGGGGUAAUUAUCUAAGACAUAAGCUAGGCACAUCUUGGGCACAUCUCAGGCGCGCGAUGGGGUCCUCACAUCAAGGACGACCACGCGACCCUGAAGCACAGCUUGAGCUCAUCGGCUGA